UUUAAUUCUCUGCCUAUCUAAGGAUUUUAAAAGUUGGUCGAUACAUUUCGGUUUUUCGACCUUCCGAUACAGUUAUAAUAUGAUAUCGCACGCGUAUCGGUUUCAUCGGUCCGAUUUCGAUUCAUGGCUGUUACGGUGAUUUUUGAACAAUUUGAUUUCAUUCGGUGUUUUUUCUUUUUUCUUUUUGGCUUAUAUUGAUCAGUGAGUUUUUGGCAUGGGAAAGUGUUAUCCAAGUGUGAGCGAGGAGUACAAGAAGGCGGUUGAUAAAUGCAAGAGGAAGCUCAGGGGAUUCAUCGCUGAGAAGCACUGUGCUCCUUUGAUCCUCCGUUUGGCAUGGCACUCUGCUGGGACCUACGAUGUGAAAACAAAAACAGGAGGGCCUUUCGGGACGAUAAAGCACCCAGCAGAGCUGGCUCACGAAGCAAACAACGGCCUUGACAUAGCCGUCAGGCUGUUGGAGCCAAUCAAGGAGCAGUUUCCGAUCCUGUCUUACGCAGACUUCUACCAGUUGGCUGGAAUUGUUGCUGUUGAAGUCACAGGAGGCCCUGAGAUUCCUUUCCACCCAGGCAGACCGGACAAAUCUGAACCACCUCCGGAAGGCCGCUUGCCUGAUGCCAAAAAAAGCGCUGACCAUUUGAGAGAUGUAUUCAGCCACAUGGGUCUCAGUGACAAAGACAUUGUUGCCCUAUCUGGUGGCCAUACCCUGGGAAGGUGUCACAAAGAGCGCUCUGGAUUUGAGGGGCCAUGGACCACCAAUCCUCUCAUCUUCGACAAUUCCUACUUCAAGGAGCUUCUUCUUGGAGAGAAGGAAGGUCUUCUCCAGCUGCCAUCGGACAAAGCUCUUCUGGAGGAUCCAGUCUUCCGCCCUUUAGUUGAGAAAUAUGCUGCGGAUGAGGAUGCAUUUUUCGCAGAUUAUGCUGAAGCUCAUUUGAAGCUCUCUGAGCUUGGGUUAGUAAAGAGUGUCAUCUUCUUUCCUUUCUUUUUCAUUGCAUUUCGAUUUUCAUCGACUGGUUCAAUAAUUCUGAUGUUAAUGUGUUCCCCACUUAAUGUAGAUUUGCGGAUGCUUGAGCAAAUGGCCACAGGUAAAAAGAUCGAUUUUCAGAUGCUAUCCAUCCUUCGGUGUCCAUGCCUGUACCUACUUCUCACGUUUUCUCCUUGUAAACUUGGCUUUAAAGUUGGUGAUAGUGAGUUCACAGGCUGUCUUUCUCGUCAUUGUUUAGUAUAAGUUACUGAAAUACAAGUAUUUAGACGUAUGCAUGUAUGUGUAUAAAUAAAUCUGAUUUGUAACAUUUUCUGAUGUUGUAAUCCUAGUAAUUAAUGGAUAACAUGUCCGAAAUGUUGAUAUUUAUAAAAGGUCUUGAGUUGUACA